AUGUUGCAGCCACGUGGCGUUCACGUUUCCAGCGACGGCGCACAGUGCGGCGGCCGCGAUUUCACCACAGGUGGCGCGGGAGACCGCGACGGCAUGGGCGCGGCGGAGCCGGUUGCGAUUCGGCGCGGCGGCUGUAGCACAGAUAGCGCUACAGGUGGCGCGAUAGAUAACGCGAUAAGUAGCGGCUGUAGCGGCACCGACCGCGUCGCGAGCGGGCGAUGCGCUGGCAGUAGCGGCGGCGGACACGAACUAGCUCAGUCGCGAGCGAGCGCCGAAAGCGGGCAGCGUGGAAGCAGCGAAUUUUGGCCCGCGGAGUCAUAUAGACCGUUGGGUACUAGUAGCGUCGAGGACUCGCGGCAACGGAGCAGACUAGGCGGCGACAGAUGCGGCAGGCAGUACGCGCAUGGCGUGCGGGCGGAGCGGCAGCUGCGGCUGCUGCGCCCCGCGCUGCUGCUGCUCGCGCUGCUGUCGUGCGGCCAGUCGCCGCUCUCGCCCACCGCAGGGCCGCGCGCUCCAGCCCGUGAUGGUCCACUGCGCACCCGCCACCCCGCGCUGCUCGUGGGCGCCACCCGCGCCUACUUCCCCUUCUUCCCCUCCUUCACCCAGGUAGGCAGUGACAAGUCAUCGCCAAGCAAUGACACGUCAUCGUCAUCGUCAGGCAGUGAUAAGUCAUCCUCAAGCAAUGACACGUCAUCUUCAGGCAGUGAUAAGUCAUCGUCAAGCAAUGACACGUCAUCGUCAUCGUCAGGCAGUGAUAAGUCAUCCUCAAGCAAUGACACGUCAUCGUCCGGCAGUGAUAAGUCGUCGUCAGGUAGUGACAAAUCAUCGUCAGGCGGUGACACGUCAUCGUCUGGCAGUGACAAGUCAUCUUCAGGUAGUGACAAGUCAUCGUCGAGCGGUGACACGUCAUCGUCAGGCAGUGACAAGUCAUCGUCAGGCAGUGAUAAGUCAUCGUCAGGCAGUGAUAAGUCAUCUUCAGGCAGUGAUAAGUCAUCAUCGGGCGGUGACACGUCAUCGUCGGGCGGUGACACGUCAUCGGGUUCAAGCGAGCCAUCCACCGACAGCGGCGGCGGCGGAAGUGACACGGGCGGAGGGGGGCAGUCGGCGGAAGGUUGGCGCGCGCCGUGGGCGAAGGGCGGAGUGGCGGAGGCGGAGACGGUGCACCUGGUGCUCACGCGCGGAGCGCGAGCGGCGCAAGCGGAGCCCACACCAGCGGCGGAGGCGGCGGUGGUGGCGGCGGGGCUGCCGGAGCUGCCGCGAGUGGGGCUGAAGAACGAGAUCCGCUACGAGUACGGCGACGCCAGGGACAGCGCGCUGCUCAGGACCACCAUGUACACGGCGGUGGGCGCGAGUCGCGACCCCGCAGUCAGCGCAGAGUUUAGGGCCGCCGUCUCUCGCGCUGACGUCACCAUCGCGCCACCCCGCAGCAGCGCGGACAGGUACCACACGGAAGUGCGAGUGGGGUCAUCCCAGCAGGCGUUCAGCGUGAUGGUGGACACGGCAUCGGACCUGCUCUGGCUGCCCUGCGACUGUGUGCGCUGCACCGACGGGCCCUCCUCCUCCGCCACGCCAACGCCGUUCAACCCAGCGGAGUCCACCACGCUCGCCACCAUGCCCUGCGACUCCAACACCUGCUCCGCCUCAGCGGACGACCGCACACUCUCAGUGGGCUGCAGCAUCGCACCGGACCUACCCACACCGGACAGCACCUGCCAGUACUCGCUCGUGAGCAGCUUCCCCCAGGGCAGCUCAGCGGGCAACCUGGUGCGGGACGAGGUGCAUCUCAGCCUCGAGGACGGCAGCUUCCUCGCACCCAACCUCACCUUCGGCUGUGGGCGCUAUCAAACAGGAGUGCUGGCGACGGACAACGGCGCGCCAGGGGGCGUGUUGGGGCUGGGCACGGGGCCGCUCUCGCCGCUCUCGCAGCUGGCGGAGAGCGGGGUGGUGCCGCGAGCGGGCUUCGCACUGUGCCUGGAGGGGGACGAUGCCGCUGCAGCUGGCGGUGGCAGCCACCUGCUGCUGGGGACCACGGACGCCGGGCCUGCUAGCGGGUCAACGCGCGUGUACAAGAGCAGCCUCAGUCCGUUGGUCUAUGUGAAGAUAAAGGACAUGCAUCUGGGCACAGCGGACCUGGUGGUGACGCCCGCCAUGUUCCCACCGCUCUCCCCCUCGGGGGCGGGCGGCACGGCGCUCGACUCCUCCUCUGCUGCCUCCGUGCUGCCCCGCCCCGCCUACAUGGCGCUCGCCACUGCUUUCCUGGUGCAGUACCCAAGCAUGAAGUUUGCGUCGUCGGAGAGCGCACAGGAGGGGCUCGACUGCCUUGACGCCAAUGAUUACCACCAGGCAACCAUGACCCGCUCGGACUUCCUACAGCAGUUCCCGCAGCUCACACUCGUGCUGGCGGGCGGCAAGGGCAGCGCUGACUUCACCAUCGCCCCCACCAACUACCUCAAGAUCGCCGCCAGCAGCCCACACGUGGUGUGCUUCACAGUGCGCAUGGCGAGCAGCCAGGCGGAGCGGGCGGUGAUUGGUGACCCGUGGAUGAGAGACAAGUACCUCGUGGUUGACAUUCACAAGGAUACACUCUCGUGGAUUGAUGCUAACUGUAAGUCGGGGGGAGCGGCCAGUGAUAAGCGAUGCAUGGAUGAGAGACAUCCGCAGCCCCCUUUUAACUCCUCCUCCUCCACCAAUCCGCCAGGCGACUCCCCCCCUCCCCCAUACACAGCAGAGCCCAGCACCUACCCCCCCUCCAUCUUCGAGACCAGCCCAGGCCCCACUGCUGCUCCCCCCUCCAUCGCCCCGCCCUCCCUCUCCCCCCCCUCCCUGCCUCCCCCAAGCCCCCCACCCCCACCGCCACCCCCGCCCCCAAACCCCCCUCCUCCCGACAACCCUCCCCCAAACCCCCCCCCUCCGCCCAACAACCCUCCCCUGAACCCCCCCCCUCCGCCCAACAACCCUCCCCUGAACCCCCCCCCUCCGCCCAACAACCCCCCCCCAGCCAACCCGCCUCCUCCUCCGUCCUCUCCGAACGAGCCCCCCCUGGCGGGGUGCCAGCCGGCGCCCACGGACUGCGCCUUCUUCUUUGCGGGCCACGAGGGCACGGUGCCCACCUUCUCCAUCCAGCCGCGCCAGGGCGACGCUGUGCUGUCAACGAGUGAGCUUAAAACGAGUAUAAUGGGCAGCGACAUCCAGGUGCUGGCGGGCAACUCGGGCGAGGCGCAGAUCCUGUGUGCCGAGGGCCAGGGGGCGGGCCUGGGGGGUGGGCAAGGCUCGGGGCUGACGGCAACGGCAGCCAUGGCUAUGAAUGAUGCUGCUGUGACACAGGACAUUGGCAACCAGCUGUAUAUCACUGGCACGGACGUGCAGCAGCGCACGUUCAACCGCAUAGAGAACCUCUUCGCGCUGCGAAACGCAUAUGUGAAGCUGCGGGUGACGGCAGCGGAGAUGGACGUGUUUGGCAUGACCGUCAACAUGAACCCCGGCGACGGCAACUCCUACUUCCCUGAAGACAAGCGCUGCGUGCUCUUCAAAACCAAACUGCCCGACGGCUGA